AUGUCCGCUGAUAAAAUGGAUUUAGACGAACCACCUGUGACCCAAGAUAGUGAACAAAUUGUACCUAAGGCUUCCGACCCACAAUCGGAGGGUUCCGGUGAACCACGUAAGAAGAAGUUUGAGGUCAAGAAAUGGACAGCAGUCGCCUUCUGGUCGUGGGAUAUAGCAGUGGAAAACUGUGCUAUCUGUAGAAAUCAUAUUAUGGAACCAUGCAUCCAAUGCCAGCCCACUGCUAUGACUGAUUGCGAAACAGAGUGUGUGGCCGCUUGGGGUGUAUGUAGCCACGCCUUCCACCUGCAUUGCAUCAACAAGUGGCUGCAGACAAGAAAUGUGUGCCCGCUGGAUAACCAGCCCUGGCAGUUUGCCAAGUAUGGCAGAUAG